AAAUAGAAGGACCGCAUUGGAACAAGUGGUGGAGGCGUUGGAGGAGUCAGACUUGCGUCCUCUGAUGCUAGAACGUCAGUUGGUUCAUGGUUUCCGGACACGACGGACCGACACGACAGAAACUAAAUAUCAUUGAUAAUAAUUAUCAACAUAUCUUGCAACAUAUCGGCUAACUAAAGGGUUUUUAAUAUUUUAAAAUUCAAUUAAAUUAUUCAUCAAAAGAAAAUGAAAAUAAUAUCAUUACUGAGUAGUUUUAUUUUAUAUUCAUAUUUAUCGUAUACUGUUAAAUGCCAGCGAUUAUCAGAUUAUCUAUUAGAGGCACAUACAACAACAGUAAGUCAUGUUCCGUAUAGAGAUAGGCGUAAUAAAGCUGAACCCUCGUGUGAAGAAUUACGGGCUAUGUGGAGAUACAGUAAAAGACAAAGUCGAGCCGUUGAAGUAACUAAUGAUUUACCUAUGUACCGUGAUCCAUUUUCAUACAAUGUUUGGGAAACUUAUCCAGUACGCUCUCAACCUUCUAUUGGAUAUAGAGAAAUAUACAAGUAUCCAGAUGAACGGGAUGAAGAAGCCCGUAAUCGUGGAGGCGGUAAGACUCCUGUUUAUGGUAAAGUUGUUCAUAAGGCACCCGCAGAAAGUCGAUUCCGUAAUGGCAUGCCUAACAAUCGAGCUAAAGCAUUUGAAGAAGUUACUAGAAUGUAUGGAACUAUUAAUCGGCAACCACCGGAUUCACGAAGACCCCAAUAUAAUUUCCGGGUUGGCGGAGGCGGUUCAUCAAUAUCUCAUGUUCCACAAGCUGGCAGUUUUCAACAUCUUAAAGAGUUAAUACGUACUGAACGUGCUCGUGAACUGCAGGAUCAACGCGCGGCUGAAGAAUUAGCAGCAAGAGCAGCAUCAGCGAAUAACAAUAAUAAUAAUAAUAAUGAUAUCUUCAAAAAUGAACAGAAAAAUAGUAAACUGACAGAUUCACAGAUCCAGUAUUUGAACUCUAUUAAAUCAUAUCAAGAACCAAAAAAUUUCAAGUUCAAUAACUACGAUAAAUCUAAAUAUGUCUCAAGUUUAACUGACUUUAAUGAUGCUUCAUUGAUUAAUUACAACUAUAAUCGCAAUCCACUGUUACAUUAAUUAAUAAUACAAGUUACACAACAAUGUGUAAUUAACUGCCCAACAUGAAUAAUAAAUAUUUUGAAAUUGAUGACAAUAAUACUAAAUAAUAAAAAAAGGAAUUAUUAAAUAGGUAUGUGUGAGUUAUAUAUAUAUAUAUAUAUAUACUAUGUAAAAUCCAUUUGUAUUGUUGGUAUAUUUAAAGCCACCAAAUAUCAACAUUAAUACAAUUGAUUGAAUACUUAUAUAUAUAUAUGUAUAUAUAUAUGUAUAAACUUGAUAGCAAUAUUACGAGCUCAUAAAAAAUGUAUGGAAAUUAUAAUGGACUGUAUGCUUGAGCAGACUCAAUUAUUUUUUAUUAUUAAUCACUAAUCAGUAAUUAAUUAGUUAGAGAAACAUAUUUAUUUUUAUUUAAUGAUUAGUUUAUAAAUAAUAAAAUACAGCAAAACGGAAGAUACUUUAUGAUAAUGAUGAUUACGCGUUAAAUUAAUCGAAUAAUGAGACAAUAAUAAAUGUUAAUUUAAUAAAAUAAUUAUACAAAAA